CACCUGCUUCCCUGAACGCGCUACCUCUCCCUUGCCUGAGAGGGAGGGGGGAGAAGCGGAGCGGCGGCGUGUUCAGGGGAGCAGGCGGAGCAGAGGUGGAACUGAGGUUCCCCAUUCUCUGGCAAAAAUGAAGGCGCUCACACUUCUCUCCCUGCUCGGCUGCCUGAUCACGGCAAAUGAAGCAAAAAUCUUUAGCCGAUGUGAACUAGCCUAUACGCUGCAUGAAGAAGGGCUGGACGGGUAUGAGGGUUACAGCCUCGCCAACUGGAUCUGCAUGGCAUUCUUUGAGAGCGGCUUCAAUUCAGCAGCAGAGGACGACAAUGCAGAUGGCAGCACGGACUAUGGCAUCUUCCAGAUCAACAGCCGUGUCUGGUGCAACAACUACCGGAGUCCCACUGAGAACCUCUGUCACAUACCCUGCACUGACUUGCUGUCAAAUGACAUAACAGAUGACAUAGUCUGUGCCAAAAGAAUUGUGCAAGACCCACAAGGAAUGGAUGCCUGGGAGGACUGGACAAUGCACUGCAAAGGGCGAGACCUGUCUGAGUGGGUGGAUGGAUGUGACCUGUGAGAAAGUCACCAGCCUGGCUCUGCUAUGACUUCUCAGGGUUUUCCUGAAAAGGGAAUGUUUCUGUCUCUCCCUGUGCACUUCUGGCAGUUAGCACAUACAAACAAUCCAUUCCACAAACCAACAGGAAAAACACAAAACAACAAAUACUAAUUUAAAGUAUAACUUUCAAAAAAAAUAAAUGGAUUUAUUAAUUUAAAAGAAAUCAGCUUAGGCCUUUAGUUUCACAUACUAUUUAGGACUCAACUCCAGAUGAUUUUCCUGAGCUUAGUUCUGUGUGAAACAGCAACUGGAAGGAGAAGUGGCUGAUAGGCAAGGUUCUGGAGCUGCAAUUAUAACUGGUUCAAAAGGGUUUCCAGAAACUGCUGGGUGCUUUGGGGUUUUCAAAGAGGGCAAACUGGAGAAGCUCAAAGGUGUAUGAACAUGUCCCACAGAGAACGCAUAAGAUUUACCUGUAUGCUAAAGGGUGCAAAAUAUGUGCCAUGUGCCAGGUCUCACUGGGAGCUGGGCAAAAUUUGUAAGUAUUUGCUAACCAAAAUGAUGAGCAAUUCCAUCCUGUCUCUGUCACACACAUUCCCACUGAAAUGCAGCAAAAUGUGCAAUAAGUAUGAAAUCAAUUUCCAAGUGGCUGAAAAGAUAAAUAAAUGCUACUAUAAUCCAAAGUUUACAAAACUUAGCCACAGCACAAGCAUGGUGAAGUCUACAACCAUCCCGGAUUGUCCUCAUCUGCCCAGAGACAAGUGGAGCCUUGUAUCUUGCAGGCCAGUGCAUUUGUGUUCCUAUCUGGGGUCACAGUGAGGGUUAGAGUCCAACCCCCAGCAGGUUCUGUUAAUCCCUGGUCAGAGGUACCCAUGUCCUGUUCUUACUCCCAUUGAAGUCAAUCAGAGUUUUGUCAGUGACAUCAGUGGGAACAGAAUUGAGCCCCAAAGUUUUGGUGGCUGGUGCAUGCAGUAGUCUUGUUUAUAUCAGAUCUCUGCUACUAGAAAGUGGGAGUUUGAUCCUAAUUUGAAAACCAUUUCUAGACCUUCUAAAAAUCCCAAAUAAAAAGUCCACAGCAAAAGCAGAAAUUAAAUCAAGGACUCAGACUCAGCUAAGGCUGACGAGUGCACGGUGUAACUCAUGGCUUUAAGCCAUGUUUAUACUUCCCUGUGCCUGGGCUGGCUGAGUGCUCGGCCAAUCCCUCAGCAUCAGUUAGAUCACCCUGAGAGACAGCAUGCAUCAGUUACCUAUGCCUCUCCUCGUCCCCCAGGAGCUGAUACACCAGCUGCAUCACCUCUCACCCAUUCCCUCUACACUAGCUGCAGGGGUUGCAUGGGAGUUGCUAUGCCGGCUCUGUGCUGCUGAAGUAUGGGUAAUCCCCCAGUGUCCACAUAUGCAGAAUUUAGAUUGAGUUGAGUCCACAGUGCAGUGCAAAACAACUACAGUGCAGCCCACAUGAUAGGCCAAAGAGCUGAGAUGGGAAUCCCAUAAAAUGGCUGGAAACAUUCCUAAAUCUUUGGGAUCCAUUCAGAUUAUUACAGUCUAUUAUUAGAUUUUUAUAGAAUUCUUUAAUGUGUGUUGAUCAUUACCCAUCUGUAUGAUGUGUUCUUUUGCUUUCACUAAAAUGAAUGGCGCCACAUCGGAGUGGGUUGAUUGGCACAGUAGCAGUUGGAAUUCAAAAGCUAAAGUGACACUAAGUUUGACACAAAGAAAUUGAGAGUGUGAUGCUUCCCAGGGGCACCCAGGGCAUGAGGAAAUCUUGUCUGUGCCUGCUGUGGAUCAGCUCCCUGAAACCACCAGCCUCUGACAACACAAAUACUGUAGGCCUAACUCUCUCUGUACAGAUUAGCAAUAGGCACACACAAAACCCCGAGUCCUCCGAGCAACCCUCUGAAGUGCUCCGCCCCUGUUCCACUGAACACUCACAGAAUUACCAGGCCUGCUGUUCCCAAAGAAAUAGCACACACCAACUUGUAGGAUUCAGUUCAGAAUGACCACUUUACAUAACACACAGCACUUACAUAUCUAUCUCAAAAACAAGAAUAAGUUUAUCAUCAAAGAACAGACAUUCAAGUGAAAGAGAGUGAGAAUAUUGGAAACAAAUGGUUACAUAUAAAAUAAAAUCAUAACACACUUUCUAGAGGCUAAACUUAGCUAACAAGGCAUUCCCCUAUCUUCUGCAAGAUGGCUUACUUCAAGUUCUUUCCCUGGCAUUUUCAACCAGUUUGACUGAGACCCCCCUCUCAUAAGAUCAGUCCACUGACAGUUUGCCUCAGAGAUUGAAAGAAUAACUAGGGGUUCAACUAUACCCCAUAUAUAGUACCCCACUCCAUUGUUUUAGUUUGCAAAACAGGAUAAACCCUGCUGUUUACCUCUUCCUAUUAAUUUUCUCUCUUUGAAGAUUUCACAAUCCUUCAUUAUCAUCGGGUUCAGACUUGCAAGUGGAGGUCCACUGUGAGCCAAACAAUACAUACUUUACAUGAAAACAGAUAGAUGGUUUUCUUU